CAUCUCCUGAUGCUGCCUUCAGGAAACAAUACUUCUCCAAUAUCCUUUAUCCUUCUUGGAAUCCCAGGACUGGAGAAUUCCCAAGUGUGGAUUGCCUUUCCAUUCUGUGUCAUGUAUAUUGUGGUUGUAGUGGGAAACAUCAUCAUCUUGCAUAUCAUCCGAAUCGACCGCACCCUGCAUGAACCCAUGUACCUCUUUCUGGCCAUGCUGGCUGUCACCGACCUGGUCCUGUCCUCCUCCACACAGCCAAAAAUGUUGGCCAUACUCUGGUUUCAUGCCCAUGAGAUUGAAUAUCAUGCCUGCCUCAUCCAGGUGUUCUUCAUCCAUGCCUUUUCUUCUGUGGAGUCUGGGGUACUCAUGGCUAUGGCCUUGGACCGCUAUGUGGCCAUCUGCUUCCCACUCCGGCACUCGAGCAUCCUGCCCACCUCUGCAGUGAUGAAGCUGGGGGCGGCGGUGAUGAUGAGAGGGCUGCUGUGGGUGAGCCCUUUCUGCUUCAUGAUCUCCAGGAUGCCCUUCUGCCCCAACAGGGUCAUUCCCCAGUCCUACUGUGAGCACAUGGCUGUGCUCAAGUUGCUGUGUGCUGACACCACAGUCAACCGUGGUUAUGGGCUCUUUGUGGCCUUCUCAGUGGUUGGCUUUGAUCUAAUGGUCAUUAGCGUAUCGUAUGUGAUGAUUCUGAGGGCUGUGUUGCAGCUGCCUGCAGGGGAAGCCCGCUUCAAAGCUUUUGGUACUUGUGCUUCACAUAUCUGUGUUAUACUGGCUUUCUAUAUUCCAGCCCUUUUCACUUUCCUCACUCAUCGCUUUGGUCAUCAUGUGCCUCGCAUGGUACAUGUCAUGUUUGCUAAUGUGUAUCUACUGGUCCCUCCCAUGCUCAACCCCAUCAUCUAUGGAGUUCGAACCAAACAGAUCAGAGACAGGGUUAUCCAAGGAUGUUGUAGGAAAGACUCCUGA